CUGGGAGCAGGGAAGGGUGGACUGGGUCUAGGGCUGGAACUUUCCCAGACACGGCAGAAGCAGCAAACGUAACUUUAAAGGGUGCUGGGAAGAAAAACUUUACCGCAACUUUCAUCCUUGAGGUCUCUUCUAAGGACGCGCGGCUGUACAAUCCUCGGCAGUGUUCUGAGACUGUAUAGCCGACUCUGAAUGAAGAGUUUAAUAAUACAACUGUAUAACGACUCCGACAGUUGCGUUUGAACAAACAAACAAACAACAAUUUACUUUUUAGUGUUGUUAUUUUUACUUUAUAGAUUUUUUUUUUUCAAACCACUGCUGGAAGAAAAAAUACUUGUCUGCCUUAACUUCAACAAACAAACAAAAACAUGACAGCUGAUAAAGAAAAGAAAAGGGCUCGAGCGACGCUGCAGAGCAUUUCACCAGAGCAGCUCGGAGAGGAGGAAGGAGAAGUCUAGAGACGCCGCUCGAUGUCGCAGAAGCAAGGAGACCGAGGUUUUCUAUGAGCUCUCCCACCAGCUCCCCCUGCCCCACAACGUGAGCUCACACCUGGACAAGGCCUCCAUCAUGCGCCUGGCCAUCAGCUUCCUGAGAACUCGCAAGCUUGUGUCCUCCACUUGGCAAGACAAUGAAAGUGAGAGCGACAAGCAGAUGGACGGCCUGUACCUGAAGGCUCUGGAAGGAUUUAUUGCCAUGGUGACACAGGAUGGGGACAUGAUCUUCCUUUCUGAGAACAUCAACAAAAUCAUGGGCCUCACGCAGGUGGACCUUACUGGCCACAGCAUCUUCGACUUCACCCAUCCAUGCGAUCAUGAUGAAAUGAGAGAAAACCUGAGCUUGAGAAACGGCCUAGGCUUUGGCAAGAAGAAUAAAGACUUAAACACAGAGCGUGACUUCUUCAUGAGAAUGAAAUGCACAGUUACAAACAGAGGCCGGACGGUCAACCUCAAAUCAGCCAGCUGGAAGGUCUUGCACUGCACUGGACAAGUCAAAGUCUACAACAGCUGCCCUCCCCAUACGCUGUGCGGGUUCAAAGAGCCCCCUCUGACCUGUGUGGUCAUGAUGUGUGAGCCCAUCCCUCAUCCCUCCAACAUCGACAUGCCUCUGGACAGCAAGACGUUCCUGAGUCGCCACAGCAUGGACAUGAAGUUCACCUACUGCGACGAGAGAGUCACAGAGCUGAUGGGGUAUUGGCCCGAGGAAUUGUUGGGCCGCUCUGUGUACGAGUUCUACCAUGCACUGGACUCGGACAGCAUGACCAAGAGCCACCAGAACUUGUGCACCAAGGGUCAGGCAGUGAGCAGUCAGUACCGGAUGCUUGCAAAGCACGGGGGGUACGUUUGGGUGGAGACCCAGGGCACUGUCAUCUACAACACCCGCAACUCCCAUCCGCAGUGCAUCGUGUGCGUCAACUUCGUGCUGAGCGACAUCGAGGAGAACUCUGUGAUCUUCUCCUUGGACCAGGCCGAGUCACUGCUCAAGCCGCACGUCCUGAGCAUGAACAGCUUCUUCAACAGCGGGGUGCCAGCGUCCGACGCCAGCGAGCAGCUCUUCACCAGGCUGAAGGAGGAGCCAGAGGAGCUGGCACAGCUGGCACCCACGCCCGGAGACACCAUCGUCUCCCUGGACUUCGGAGGGCCGCCAUUUGAGGAAGCUUCCCUUUACAAGGCCGUCAUGCCUCCCCGAAACAAGCCCUGGGCAGUCGAGGAGAGGAAUCCGUGCAGCCAGCCCGAAGGGAAGAGCCUGGCUGCCUUCUCUGUGCCGCAGGGCUCCCCGGCCAGGACCCCCUUGAGCACCAGCAGCUGCUCUACACCAAGCAGUCCCGGAGACUAUUACAGCUCAAUGGACAAUGAUCUCAAGGUUGAGCUGACUGAGAAGCUCUUUGCAAUGGAGACUGCAGCGAAGGCCCAAUGCACUACUGAGCUGGAGCUCAACGACCUGGACCUGGAGACCCUGGCUCCAUACAUUCCCAUGGAUGGAGAAGACUUCCAGCUGAACCCCAUAUGCCAGGAGGAGCCACCCCUGUCUGAAAACAGUGCCAACAGCAGCUCCCACCACAGCUUCAGCACCAUUGCGAGCCUGUUCCAGCCACUAGCCUCGCCUCUGCCUAGCCAUGUGCUGUCUGAGAACUUCUGUGCUCCCAUGCAGCUGUCUGCAGAGAAGAGGAACCCCAGCCCUGCUGCACCAGGCCCCCGUACACCCCUGCCCUACACGGGCACCGCCUUGGUGCCUCCCUACCACACCCCCACCAGCACUCCACUGUCUUCCAUGGGGGGCAGACAGAAUGUUCAGUGGCCACCCGACCCCCCGUUUAAUUACCCACCCACCAAGUGGAGCAUGAUGGAACAGCUUCCAGGGUGCCAGUCCCAUUCGAUGUCUCUUUAUAAGCAAAGGUCCCAGGGUAACUUUUUCCAACAAGGCAAAGACGUGACCCCAGCCAGGACUGCUGUUGCCAGCCAUUACAAGCGCAAGAGACAGACGGAGUACAGAGACCAACCACUGUUUCAGCAGCUUCUCAUGGAGGACCCAUCCCAAAGCAAGUCCCCGGAGAUGAUGUGGAAAAGAAUGAAAGCCCUGAAAGCUGACAGCUGCUCCUUCAUGGAGAAGAAGUCACUCAGUAUGAGUUCUCUUCAAGACAAGUUCAACACUGGACAUGGGUGUCUGGAUCAGGCUAUCAAUCAGCUUCAGCAGGAGAAGCCACAGUGCUCUGGAAACAAUGGUGAAAAUCAAAGAGCGACAUUUCCACAACAGUUCUGCGGCCCCAACUAUCGGGAGUUCAAUAUGCUGCCUGCCCCAAAAAUGGGAAUGGCAAGUCGCCUGCUGGGCCCAUCGUUUGAGACCUACUCCCUGCCAGAAUUGACCAGAUAUGACUGUGAGGUUAAUGUUCCAGUCCUCGGCAACCUGAACCUGCUGCAAGGAGGUGACUUGCUGCGUGCACUCGACCAAGCCAGCUAAACCUCCCGCAAUAACCGCUAGCCUAUAGCAUACGAGCAGCUUGUUUUUUUUUUGUUUGUUUGUUUUUUAAUUUAUAUAUAUAUAUAUAUAUAUAUAUAUAUAUAUAUAUAUAUAUAUAUAUAAGAUUAUUUCUAAUAUUGAUAUAGACAUUUUACUUACUUAGAUUAAAAAAAGCAUUCUAUAUUUGUUUGAUCUACUGUAACAUUCUCUAUUUUAAUAAAUGUUUUUCUUCUUCUCCUAGAGAAUUCUUUGACUUCCUUCUCAUUUCAACUUCACUGUCUCAUCAACUUUUACUCAAUUCCCGAGAAAUAACAUUUAAGCAAUAUUGUAUUUAUUUUUUUUCUCAAUUUUUUUUUUUUUUUUAAUUUAGUAGUUGCCAAUUCGUUUUUUUGUUAUUUUCUUUCCAAUUUAGUAGUGUCCAAUAAUUUUUUUUUAGCUCAGCUCACCGCUACCACCCCUGCGCUGACUCAGGAGGGGUGAAGACGAACACACGCUGUCCUCUGAAGCGUCUGCCGUUAGCCGCCCGUUUUUUAACACACUGCAGACUCACCAUGCAGCCACCCAGAGCUACAGCGUCGGAGGACAAUGCAGCCCUGGGCAGCUUACAAGCAAGCCCGCAGGCGGCCGGCCAGACCACAGAGGUCGCUGGUGCGUGGUGAGCCAAGGACACCCAGGGCGACCUAACCCUCCCUCCCCCCGAACCGGCGACGUCCAGGCUAUACUGGAUGUGCCACUCGGGAGUCUCUCUUCUGUUGUUUAUUUUUGUGUUUGGAUUCUUCAGAAUACAUCAUGGAAGUAACUUCAUUAACUGCAGUGGGAAUUACAUUUCCUGCAAAAAGAAAAUACGCAGUACACACAAAAAAAACAGACCUUUUCUAUCUUUUUUUUCAGUCCUUCAUUAGGGUUUUAGUUCCAGAAUGUAAUACAUAUUUUCUUCCACUCUAUACUCUCUGUUUCCAUCUAACUGUCACCACUCAGACACACUGUUGCCUUUCUCAAACAGUGUCAUUACUAUUUGGUGGCUAUUUUAUAAUAAUAUAAAAAAAAAGAUUAUGAAGCUGUUGAAAGAUUUAUAUUGUAGUGUUUAGUAUUAACUUGCCUUGGUACUCUGAUAUCUAGAAACAGAGUGGGGUCUUGUUUGCAUUAAAAAAAGAAGGUAUUUUUAUUUUCUAGUGCUGGUUACUGUUUUCUCUUGCGAUAGUGGCAUUUUGGAGAAACGUGAAUGCAUAAUCUUGUCCUCAUGGCCAGUACUAAUCAUGCUUAUCAUUAAUCCAUGUAUGAACAGUACCACACUAGAAACUAUAUGUAGCAUCGAAUGACAAAAAAAAAAAAAAAAAAAUCCUACUCAUUUACAUUAAGAAUUUAAAUAAUAUUAAGAGAUUUCACUUUUUAGGUAUAACUUGUCAUUGGGGUCCUGCUUUAUUAACAUACUGUAAUCUGCUUUUGCCGAUGUUGUCUUUAAAGUUAAAGGUAACCCUUCAAGUGAUAAUUCUCAGUACCUGAACAGCUUUAGGAAAUGCCUGUUUGAUUACAGUGUUGAUAGUCUUUUAAAGCUGCACUGCAUUCUGUGACUGUGAGAUCAGGCCAGUGGGGAGGACGGGUAUGGCAGAUCCUGGCUGACCCUAAGUGGGGAGGACGGGUAUGGCAGAUCCUGGCUGACCCUAAGUGGGGAGGAGGGGUAUGGCACAUUGUGGCUGACCCUGGGGCAGGUAUUAUUGACAGCAGUGUGUGUGUGUGUGUGUGUGUGUGUGUGUGUGUGUGUGUGUGUAUAUAUACUUGCCUCUCCUAGCCAACGCUUAUUUUUACACAUCGUCCUCUUACAAUCAAAAGGUCAGAAGUGAAAGAUUGACGCAUUUACAGGAAACACGUGCUCUGUGCUCUUGUGCUCUGUGUGCCUGGACACCAAGCCUUGCAAAUGCAUGUCUACACUGGGCAGACCAGGUUGUUAAACAGGUCGAGCCACACCAUGCACUGCUGCUAUAGAUAAUGCAGACACCACGCUGGUGAGAUGAUGCGAUGUGAUGCAACAGAUGCAUGUACAAACAUGAGCCUUCUGUACAGUGGAUACCAUUUUCACUGAAGCUUGGAUAGCUUUGUAGGUUGUGCCCAGCCUCGGCCUCAAGUUAAGUUAGCAUUGAAAAAAUAAUGAAAGGGGCGAGAGUACCAGAUACAGUAGGACCUUUUGAUUGCCGGACGGUCGAUGUUAUUGUACAGGAUUAAACAGGGAUAGACAUUUCUAACUAGUACAUACAUUUCCGUUCUACAACAAAAAUGGCAAAAAUGUAAUGUGCCGUUGGGCAACCCUUUUCACGUGUGUAGUUGUAACACACAGUAACUUGGUAUAUGGAACUUUCUUGUGUUUGUAUCUGUAAUAAGGUUGGAGGGAAGUUGGGAAGCCCAGGUAUUAUUCGUUCCUGAGUGUCGGAACACAUUCUCUGGGAAAGCAUGACAGCUGUAUUAAGUACUGUAGGUAAACUGACAGGCUAACAGGGACUGCAAUGGAAGGCUCAGAGAAAGAUUAAUACAAAAUCGACUAGAUGGGAUACUGCUUUGUCACAUUGCACGCUCUGUUUCUGUAAUUGCAUUAAUGAAAUGUGAUUUGGUUUACUGGUAAUGGAUAUAAAACAUACAGUAAAAUUGGACCAGGGUCGUGUCCUGUAAUUUAAAACCUGACGGGUACCCAGUUUUCUGGUACCAGUGCUGACCUCUAUCUAAUGUUACAAUCAUACAGUUUUGCUGCAUGACUUACUGGGAAACCUACUGCAUGCCACUGAUAUAUAUAUAUAUAUAUAUAUAUAUAUAUAUAUAUAUAUAUAUAUAUAUAUAUAUAUAUAUAUAUAUAAAUAAGAGUAAUGGCACCCACUCUUCCUAGCUACACUUUUCUGAGAGAGAAAGCAGCAUAUGAAAAAUAUGAGCCAAGCUCCGCCCUUUCAGAAGCAUUUAUAAUGAGCCAUGCUUAUCUUCAGCCAAUUGUGGGGGACUAGGAGGAGUCAGUGUCAUUAAUGCCCCACCUUUUAAUCUAAAUGCUGUGUCCAUUUAAAUGGAAAGAGAGCCUGGGAUGGCACCAGCUGUGGCUCUGUUUUAUAAAAUUGUUUUCAGGUAAGUGAUAUAAAUGGGGUGCUGUUGGUUGGGUUACUGCUUAAAGAAGGUGUGUAUGGCUGCUGUUGGGUGUAGCUAUUGUAGCAUUUGAAGGGUUAAAACAAUAUAUAUUAUUGUGUACUUUCAACCUUAAAGACAACAUUUUACUAAAUGUUUUUGUUCUGUUUAUUUGUUUGCCAAUUUUGAAUUCUUGUCAAUGUCUUAAGACUUGCUAGUGACAAAUAUUUAAUAGAUAUACUGCUAAACUCAUAUUGACAAUAUUAUUACUGUAUGGGAAGUUUUACCCAAUAAGGAAUUGUAUUUCUACACUGAUAUCUCAUUAAAGCAAUCUGAUACUA